AUGAGUUGUGGUUUAAAAUAUAAAAUAAUAAUAAAAAUCAUAGUAAAAAUCAUAUUUAUACAUGAGUUGAGUAAAUGUGGAGAAUGUAAAGUGAAUAACACAAUCAUGUUAGAACUGGGAGCACUUCCAAAUAUGAAUGAAAUGCUUCCGAAUGAAGAACCGCCGAAUUUGGCAGACUAUGAUGAGCCAAUAGUAACAAAAAAAACGACCCUGGAAAACUUCCCAAACCCAUUCAUGAAUCCAAUAGAAUGUAACAGAAUAAACGUGGAAGAAUCAUAUAUAUGUGAUCCAGAUAAAAUACUGAAAACGUCAGAAGCUGAUCGAAUAGACGAAUUGCUCAGUUUGGAGAGACUUAGCUCCACACAUCACUGUGAAGGAUACGGAGAAGUGCCAUACAAAAUCGGAGUUGCAAUAAUAAACUCAAUAGCGAAGGAGGACGUUAACACGUUGGCAGACGAGUUGUUGGAAAGGUGGAAGCUGAGCCACGAAAGAUGUGACGAUGGAAUAUUGCUCUUGUUUACGAAGCAGGAGCCAGACGUGCUGAUAAAAUAUGACAAAGUAGGUGUUGAACCGUACCUGAGUGCAAAGGUAAUAUCAACCAUAUAUCCAAUGUGUCAAGCACUUCUACAAGACGAAAAGCUGGCAAUCGCAAUAGAAAAAUGUAUUUUAAGUAUUUAA